CCAAGGAGCAACGUAAAAUCGCGAGGAAAGCUCCAAGUUCAGUUCAGAGGCGACAAUUGACUCGUGUGGUUGUCUUUUCCGAUAUUGUCUCCCAGACGGAUACCAAAACUUCGCAAAAAUUAGUCUCUCGAGCGUCGCGAUUGUGGAAGGUUCAUUGAGAAAUCUCUCACAGAUCACUCCACAUCAUUAAUCACGGAUAAAGCUCCGACCUCCUUUAUCUCUAUUCUGGUGAUUUAAGUGACAAAAGUGUGAUUGAGGACAUUUUCCAACACCAGAGAAAAAGAAUUUCACCUCCGUAUUUUGACACCCUGAUCCAGAAUAACCUCCUACGCAAAAGUUUUCUAAACCAUAUGGAGUAGUAAUUCCAUGCGAAGAAAUAAGUAAGAAGAAACCUAAUGACAAUCCUAAAAGUCGAGUAUCAUUGAUUUUAAAAGCUUCAAAAGGAAAAACCAUCAAGUUAAACAAACUGAACUAACGCGAUGUAUGGAUUACUGUUGGAGAAUUUGGCUGAGUAUGUGAAGACUGUGUAUGGAGAAGAACGAUGGGAAGAGAUAAGAAAAGCUGCUGGACUAGAUUCACCCUCAUUCUCCGUCCAUCAAGUUUACCCGGAAACACUUCUCAAUAAAUUGGCGAAGAAGUCUCUACAGAUUCUGGGAGUAACAGAGAAGGAGUUUAUGGAUCAAAUGGGUGUAUUUUUCGUGAACUUUGUCAGUCAAUAUGGAUACGAUAGAGUUCUAAGUGUUCUCGGUCGACAUAUGAGAGAUUUUUUGAAUGGCCUAGAUAAUCUUCAUGAAUACCUCAAAUUUUCAUAUCCAAGAAUGCGGGCACCGUCCUUUAUUUGUGAGAAUGAAACUCGGCAGGGAUUAACUCUUCACUACCGUUCCAAGAGACGUGGGUUUGUCUACUAUACCAUGGGACUGAUUAGAGAAGUUGCACGACAUUUCUAUCACAAAGAGAUGCACAUUGAAUUGGUUCGGGAGGAAAUUCUCUUUGAUACAGUUCAUGUCACAUUCCAACUUACAUUCGAUAAUAGGGCUUUUACAUUGGCCUCCCUGGCUAUGACACGGGAAGAAAAACAUCUACCCAUCAGUGCAUCAGUGUUAUUUGAAAUUUUCCCCUUCUGCAUUGUUUUCGGGUCCGAUAUGGUCGUACGGAGCAUUGGAAAUUCUCUUAUGGUGAUACUACCUGACAUCGUAGGAAAGAAAAUUACCAACUUGUUCGAUUUAGUUCGACCUCUCAUUGCAUUUAAGUUUCAAACGAUUCUAAAUCGUACAAACAACAUAUUUGAAUUGGUCACUGUGGAAUCACUCAUGGACCGACCUGCCCUGAUGGACCAGAAGGACUCAAGCAACACCGACGAAGAAUUGGAAAAUGAGAAAAAUUUACGUUUGAAAGGACAAAUGAUUUAUAUGGAAAACUGGAGAAUGAUAAUGUUCCUGGGAACACCUGUGAUGCCUGACCUAACAUCCCUCAUCAACACUGGACUGUACAUAAAUGAUCUUAGUAUGCAUGACUUUAGCAGAGAUUUAAUGCUGGCUGGUACCCAGCAGUCUGUUGAGUUGAAAUUGGCCCUGGAUCAGGAGCAGCAGAAAUCAAAGAAACUAGAGGAAUCCAUGAGGAAAUUGGAUGAGGAAAUGAGACGCACCGAUGAACUUCUAUAUCAGAUGAUACCUAAGCAAGUUGCUGAUCGAUUGCGACGUGGAGAGAAUCCAAUUGAUACAUGUGAAAUGUUUGACUGUGUGUCUGUGCUCUUCUCCGAUGUUGUCACCUUCACGGAAAUUUGCAGCCGAAUAACACCCAUGGAAGUUGUCUCCAUGCUUAAUGCCAUGUACUCAAUCUUCGAUACGCUCACGGAACGGAAUGGCGUGUACAAAGUGGAAACCAUAGGGGAUGCUUAUAUGGUGGUUUCCGGAGCUCCAGAAAAGGAACCCAAUCAUGCGGAGAAAGUAUGUGACAUGGCACUCGACAUGGUCGAUGCGAUUCAGGACCUCAAAGAUCCAUCGACAGGUUCUCAUCUGAAAAUCCGCGUUGGAGUCCAUUCAGGAGCAGUUGUAGCGGGAAUUGUGGGUUUAAAAAUGCCCAGAUAUUGUCUCUUUGGGGACUCAGUGAAUACAGCAUCACGCAUGGAAUCCACGAGCUUGGCUAUGAAAAUCCACAUAUCAGAGUCCACAAAGGCAUUCUUAGGACCAAACUACAAGAUCUCAGAGCGUGGAGAGUUGGAUGUCAAGGGCAAAGGGAAUAUGAAGACAUAUUGGCUGGAAGAGCGAGAGCACAGAAAGCCAUUGACGCCAAAUCUACAGGGGAAGGAUCUCAUGCUGGCUCUAUCUGCGCCCCAUUCCCUCGUCACAACACCCAGGCGCCCCUCCUACCACGACCGACGCGUAAGCAUCCCAAUGUCGCCGAAGAAGGAACCCUCUACUCCCACAUCUAUAAUUCAGGAAGUUGGAAGGGUCUAUUCACCUAUCACCUUCCAAGAUGUUGCAAGGCGUAGUAUCGCCGGAUCACCUGUGAGGAGUAUCCUCAGUGGAAAAGCAAGAGAAUCUCGCUCCAAUUCUACUGGCCAUGUUUUUAUGCACAGUCCAAGCGACAUGUUUGGUUCCCUUAUAAGCGACACUGAGGACUUCUUUGAAGACCUACAAACCCACCGAGCUCAAUCACCUCCAUCUCCCAGAAGUCUCUAUCAGCAGCGUCUGUCUGCAUCAAAAGUGAAACCACGACGUCCAACAUCAAGCCAAUCGGCUGAUGAUGAACUGACCAGUGGUCAAAGUUCAGUUCUCUCAACACCCGCCAUUGCUGAAGAGUCAGCAGAUAAAAAGAAUGCAAUGACACUGGACAUGUCUAAGAACACACGAAAGGGUGGAACAAAUCUCACACAGACAAAAACACUCGAACAGUUAGAUAAGAUGAUGGAGGAUUUUCUGGAUUCCGACAUUCCAGGACUCUGUCCAUUGAGUUUUGCACCACCCCCAAAUUCGCGAUCAGAUGGAAAUCUGUGCGCUGUUAAGUCCCAUUCUCACUCCAGGCGUGUCCCCAACAGCCAGAGCUUCAGUCUACACAACAAGGAUCAUCAAUGUUGUUCGAGCUACAAUCACCAUCAAAAUGGUCGGCAUCGGAUACACUCCAAUGCCUGCAGCAUUAUUUAAUGAACACAAAACAUUGCAAUCGAGUAGAUGAGGAAGACACUGCCUUAGGGACUCUUUAGGACACAUCUCAUCACUCUAACCACUGUUGCGUGUAUCUCAACCCAUCCAUCCAAUCACUCAAACUUGACCAUCAGAAUCAGAGAAUUACAACGCAGGUGCAUUUGAUCAACAGGAAUUUCAUGACAAUAAUUGGAUUACCAUACUAACUCAAUAUCAAACCCCCAUCCAUUUGAAAACAAUCCCAAAGAAGUUAUCAUUAUACGGUUUGAGAUAAUUCCUGGAAUUUCCACAUGGCUUCAUCAACCCACAUACAAUGGGGAAACAUCCAAAUUAGCGUAGGAGGAAAUUGCCAAAGAAAUGAUUCAAACCAAACCAUCAACCACAGGAAGUGAUUACAAAAGGGACGUUCCUCAUAUAGAAUAAAAGAAAUGCUGAAUCGAUUUGGCAUACCAUGAAAUUGAAAAGCACAAAAGGGGAAAAAAAUCCAAGACCCAUCAGAAUAUCAAUUAAUCCCGGUCAGUGUUCUUGGAUUAAGACUGAAAAAAAAACACAAAACAUCUCGAAAAAAGAACGUCGGGAUUUGAAAUCUCAAAAUGGCAAAAGGAAUGCGAGAGAAGCGAAGUGUUUGAAAUUGGAGCUACUCAUCCUGAAAGCUUUGCGUUAGAAUUCCCCAAGUGGAAAGCAAAUGAUGGACAAAUUGGAUUACAUGUCAGAACUUUUUACAACACAUUCUUAUCCUACGCUUUCUUCUCCUUUCUAUACCUACCAGCUGUACCCCCAAACACUGAACUUACUUUACAAGUCAUAUAUUUGGACAUUGUAUUCCAAAAUAUAUCUAAACUUUAAGUGAAUUUUAAUGUCACUCUACCUUCCAAAAAUUACAGAAAGUUAUUUAGGGACAAGUCGGGCUGUUCAGACCUCAAAACGGAGGAAUAAUUUCUAAUAUCUGAAUUUACUCUUUAAUAUUGACGUAAGCAGCUAAACCGUAAUGUUAAAUUCUUUGGGACAAUAAUAUUAUACAGUAGACUCUCGAUAAUUCGGCUCUUUUAAGAUCGGGCUACUUUUUAAUUCGGACAGCAGUUAAAUUUGAAAAAAGUUUGUUGACAUUUUUCAAGUUAGUUUGAUUAUAUCGAAUAAAGCAAAUAUGCUAAAAUUUGCCAUGCUUUGUAUCAGAUGUGAUAUGAUUCUGCAUU